UAAGGGAAAAAGGAUCCUUACCAUAAUGCGUUGUAUUUUUGCAUCAGUUUUUGUCACUUUAAAUGGCGCCCUACAUUUCCUACAGUAUCCUGCGGAUGCCUGCCCCGUCCGCCCAUACUCCUCUGAUAUAAACGUACUGCGGCUGUUGGAUGAAGCGCUGAACAGCAGCCAGGACGGGGUGGUACGUCUGCAGAUUUCAAACGCAGACCAGCCGUCCGGUCAACCCAGUCCGCCGGCUGGGUUUGUCGUUGUGCGGGAACCGGAAGGCCGAAACGUGACACUUCCGUGUGGCGACAACAUCAUCGCGCAGCGUCCGCUGAUCCGCUACAAUGGCCGACAGCUGCCAGCUAACGGUGGUCCAUUAGACCCUACGCCGUUGCAUCUCUGCAGUUGUAAGAUCAAUCCGUCCGACAAUUUCUGGAUCUCCGGCAUCACGUUGUGGAGCCAGGUUCCCUUCGUGGCCCCGUACUCUCUUCGCCUCUAUAACUUCACGCAUCGCUUGUCCGGGACAUACGAAUGUCUGCACAUAUUCAAAGGGGAACCGGCAGUAUACAAUCGGUAUCUUAUCAGUCCGCGCCUGAUACCCAAAAAAGUCUUCCAGCCGCCCAUGGCAAAUGCCACGUCCACUGUAGGUAAGAAGGCGGAGUUCCGAUGCGCAGUGAAAUUCGACGCCAUGCCAUCGUCUCCCGUGGGUUUUGGAGACCGGUUUCUGUGGACAGACAACCAGGAUCUCAUCUACGCCCCGGGAGUGGCAGCGUUCCAGCGCGAUGUACGCAUAAGACCAAGAAUUACGGUUAAAUGGCCAAAGAUGGUUGCUUGUGCCACUCGACGUUGUACAUCGAGCGAGUGCAGAGAGGGGACGAAGGGCGCUAUCAGUGCUGCGCUGCAGCUGUUGGAUGAAGCGCUGAAAAGCAACCGAGACGGGGUGGUGCGUCCAGAGAUCCUUAGUCAGCCGAGCAGUGUAAAACUUCAGUCGGCUGGGCUUAUCGUCAUACGAGAGCCGGAAGGAAAGGACGUGAUACUCCCGUGCGGAGACAAUACCACUGCACAACCUUCGCUGAUCCGCUACAAUGGCCGACAGGUAUCGGCUGGAAGUAAUCAAGUGGAAAGGCCGCCGGUAUUCCACUGUAGCUGUAAGAUCCUCCCGCCUGACUAUGUCUGGAAGUCAGAGACGGCGCUGCUAAAACACCGCGCCUCACCCACAUACUUUAUUCGUCUGAUUAACUUCUCGUACCAACUGUCCGGGACGUAUGAAUAA